AAACAACUGUCAAUAUUAAAAAAUAACAAAGAUUUGUCAUCGCAUUUUUGACGUAAACGUUCAUUACGAGUGGGCUUACAAUUUUUUACAAAAAAUGGCGACUGAAGUAGAGGAAACCAUCAAGCGGAUUCAGGCCCAUAAAGGGGUAAUGGGAGUGAUCAUUGUAAACCACGAAGGCAUUCCGAUCAAGAGCUCUUUGGAUAAUGCUACUUCAGUCCUGUAUUCCGGUCUCAUUGGGCAGCUCACAGAGAAAGCUAAGAACGUUGUCAGGGAGAUGGAUUCCUCAAACGACUUGACAUUCCUGCGCGUGAGGAGUAAACGCCAUGAGAUCCUGAUUGCUCCGGACCGCGAAUUCAUACUCAUUGUCAUACAAAACACAUCAGACUAAUCCAUUAGUAGUUAACUGUAAAGUGAUGGUCAUAUUUUUUGCUUUAAGUAACUGAUCUCUA